AUGAAGGCUUCAGUCAUUGUGCUGCUUUUUUUGAGCCUCUUUGGGCUGAAUGUCAGCGUCUACAGGUAUCACUUUCUCGUGAACGAGACUUUGUCAUUUCAAGAGGCACAGAAGCACUGCACACAGCACUCUGAUUACCUGUCUACUGUCAGAAGUAAAGAUUUACAGGAUUUAUCUUCCAAUUCUCUAAUUAAAGAGGACUAUUUCUGGAUUGGAGUUCAGAGAGACAGUGCAGACUAUUACAAAUGGAUAUGGUCAGAAGGGGGAGAAGCAACCAUUACAUUUUGGGCAUAUGGACAACCUUAUUAUUAUUAUUGUGGUGCUGUCCAUAAAAACACAUUAACUCUGUUUGCCCUGCCCUGCAAAACCCAUUUACGAUUUUAUUGUAUGAAGGUCUAUGAGCUGAUUGUGGUGCAUCAGAAAAGCACAUGGGAAGAGGCCUUGGAAUACUGCAGACAAAACUACAUUGACCUGGCCAUAAUAAACUCAGAAGACAUUAUGGAAGAAGCAAAGAUUAAUAGCACAGUAGCUGAUACAGAUGAAAUGUGGACCGGCCUGCGCUUUCUAGCUGGUCAUUGGUUUUGGGUAAACGGAGCCGGUUUUGAUUAUAAUGUCUGGUCUUCGGGUGGAGAGAUCCAGUGCCCUGCCAUGAACCAACGCUGUGGGGUUUUUGAUAGAACACAGGGGGUUUGUAAACCCACAGACUGUGAGCGGAGACUCAACUUUCUCUGCAUCAAGGAGAAAUACGCAGAUUGA